AAUUUCCGUCGAAUAAGAGACAGCUAAUUUUUUUUUUCAGUGAAUAAUGGAAAAGGAAAACUUAGUGAAGAAAUGAUAUGAAUAAGAAAAAUAUGAUGAAUGAGUAAGUAUCGCAAUGAACGAGUGAAAAGUGAUACCUAAACACGGCAGACGAACUGAGCAAAGAUAUAUAUUAUGUCACUUUAGCAAGACGUGUCAAAAAAAAAAAAUAAACAGGAAAAGCGAAACAGUGCAACCAAAACAGAGAUAAAAAUAAUUUGCUGUAAGAAUAUCGACAAAAGCCUGAAGAGUUGCGACAUCGCUACACACAGAAGGCUGAAGUACGUAACAGCGACUUCGCUACACACAACGAGAGGACUCUAGACCCCGAAGGCAAGGCGUUGUUGAAGUCAGUGGUCAUGGAAGGUGGCUCAGAGAGAUGUUGGUCCAUGGGCCCAGCGAAGUCGUGUUCUCACCCAGUAAGGUCGUGGACGUACCCUACGAGAGCGUGGGCGUCCUCUGUGAGAGUGUGGGCGUACCUCCUUCUGGCGGGUUGUGUGUGGGCGGCGGCAGUGGCAGAGGAUGCUCCCAGAGAGUCGGAGUUGAAGAAGCGACAGAUCUUCCGUGAAGCUGUGUUGCCAGCUCUGGGGGGCGUGAUCCCCCAGUCAGCAUUCACUAAGCAACGCCUCCACCACAACGCCCACGACCAGCUGGGGAUCGAAGCCCCAGACGGUAUAAUCUUCAUCACCAGGACUCCUCAGCAUCGCCACGAUGACGUGGAUCCAGAGGACGAGAGAGAGAUUCUUCGCCUCAUUAAACCUGUGGAUAAGGAAUCCAUAGAUUAUAUCCAUACUGACCCGCAUGGCUUGUCUCCCAAGCGCCCCAUUCCCACGACCUACCUGAUCCGCAGACCAGUGCUGGGACCUGUGUAUGAGACCAGUGGACCUCGCUUCCGCAACACCCCAAGAGCUACGCUCAACUUGGGAACCCCGAGAGCCACCGUCAGCUUGGCCACCCCGACGGUCACACUUAAUCUAGCCAGCCUGCAACACAGGCCCAUCUACGGCGUUCCCUUCUCACUGCCCUACAAGAGUCUUCCCUACAAGAGCAUUCCUUUCAAGAACCUCCAGCGAGGCUGGAACUGGUGAAGAGGAGGAAUGGGAAAAAAGAAAAAUUUAAAGAGGAUGAAGGAAGGGAAACGGGUGGGAAUAUAUAGCAAACGCUAGAGAGGAGUGAGGAAUAUGUAGUCCCAGUCUUGGGUAUUAUAUCAUAAAACCAUUGAGCAUAUUCAACAACUUAAUGUUCAUUCACUUAAUUCGCUGACAUAUUCAACGUCUACCUACAAUAUUAGUCAAUCACUUCUUUAGCGUUCUUCUACACAAAUCACUCUAUAAAUACAAACAUUAGUUAGAAUAGACAAAUAUUUUAGUGAAGAGGCAGUGACUGGACCAGGGGAGGGCAGUCAUGAUAAGGAAUUGGACACAAGUGCAACAUCUGAGUAUCUUUAUUGUAGACGUUUCGCCUAACAGUGGAUUUAUCAAUGAAAAUUCAAGGACAUAAUGGGAAGUCUGUAGAACUGUAUACGAAACAUGAGGAAAUCAGCCCCAGGCUAAGGGACUGAUGACCUUGUCUUUUGUACAUAGUUCUACUGUCUUCCCAUUAUGUCCUGAAUUUGUACUGAUAAAGCCAAUGGAUGAUGAAACGUCUACAAUAAGGAUACCCAGAUGUUACACUUGUCUCUACGUCUUCAUCUUGUAGGUACUGUAUACCAUACACGUACAGCAUGGGCUGUAAUAUUGACUGACGGGACACAUCAAACAUAAAUAUGCCUUGCGGGCCACACGCUUUUGUCGAUGACAAAUUUUAAGUCGUAAAUAAUAGCUACUUUCGUUCACAGAAAAGGUUCAGACACACAAUUGAUAUCUAUUAAAAAUAAAGCUGCAGAACAACAUGUCAUCGGACAGGUAAUCAUUUAAUAAAUCCAUUUUUAUUUUGAUGGUAACGUAUGAAGCUUAGACACGACAGAUACCUGCAGUUAUCAGGUGGGAGAUAGUGGGUGUUUUUAGUGUUAUUGUAGUUCUUUAGGGCCACUAAAGCUUGCGCCUCUUAGGAAUGGAUGAAGUGACUCUUAAUCUCCUGGGUCAGAAGUAAAUAUAGAGACCAAGAGAAGAAAGAAAAGAAUAAAGAACAUCCUGGCAACUUCGGGGAUACCUGAAGAUACGAACGCUGGAGCGCAGGUGGCGCUGACAUGCACUCACUCCAGGAUUAACUCAAUCCGGGAUUAACUCUCAAUCCGGGAAUAACAGAAAGGAUAACCAAAGAAACGUAUCUGUCCAGAUAUCAAGCUAACAUACUACAUACUUAUCUAAACGGCUAUAUUCAGUGGGAACCAGCGUUGUUUAGUCUUGUUGUUAAGACUGACCAACACCCUAUCACGAUUAGGACAAUUAAAUUCUUCAUUAAGCUGGAGACACUAUAUUUUUUUUUUUUUGUAAACAGCUAGGCACAUUGGCGGACAGUAUUUUGCCCACCCAUAGGAUAGAGGAAGGAGGGAAGAGGUGGUUCGAGGAAGAUGACAUAAAGAAAGGUGCGGAAUAAGAAACUAGAGGAAAGAGGUACUUCAUAACAGAAGCUGGAAAGUAAUCAGAAGGGAUGAACUAGACUGUCACUGUAGGGGUCAUACAGCGCAUGAGGGAAUGGGUAAUAUCGCGUUUGAUCCGAGGAAGUGGAGAAUAGUUCCAAAUCUCUGGAUCAAAAACCCUUCACCAUCACGAAGAACCCCCCCAUUGAUCGGUGUGACGGAACGUAACACAGAGGCUGAGGCCGGGUUGAGGAGGCAGUCGAAAGGAUAAAGAGGAACGUUAUGGGUCAAAGGAAAUGCGUCUUUUUCUUCUUCUUCUUCUUUUUCUUCUGAUACUUCUACUAACAAAUUAAAUCCUAUUGUUAAUUGAAAAUUGAACCAAUUUUUGCUACCAAAUUAAAUCCCAUUAAUGCUAAAAAAUAAAUCCCAUUACUGCUGCAAGAUAAAUCCCAUUGUUACUAAAAGGGAAAUAAAUUAAUUUUUUGCUAAAAAAAAAUUGUUUUUUUUUUUAAUUGUUUCAUUCAGUGAGAUUUUUCAGUUUUCAGGACUGAAUUCUCGUCUUAUUUUUCCCUGCCCCAUACAAGAGGCUCUUGAUCCAGGAAAUUAGAGACUCCUUCCUCUUCCUGGACUCAAAAGCCGAUUACCUACCGUUACUUCCCCCCUUAAUUGAAUAAGAAAUAAUGAAUAUGCAAAAUGUUAUCUUUUCCCUUUCCUUCUCCUCCUCCUUCUCCUCAUCUUUUCUCCCCUCUUCUUCUCCUUGUCUUCCUUCUCCCUCCUCCUCCUCCUUCUCCUCAUCUUUUCUCCCCUCUUCUUCUCCUUGUCUUCCUUCUCCCUCCUCCUCCUCCUUCUCCUCAUCUUUUCUCCCCUCUUCUUCUCCUUGUCUUCCUUCUCCCCUCCUCCUCCUCCUUCUCCUCAUCUUUUCUCCCCUCUUCUUCUCCUUGUCUUCCUUCUCCCUUCUUCGCCUCCUCGUUUUCUGCCUCUCUC